AUGGCUGGAAUCGCUGACUUCAACAACGACCUCUUGGACUUCGAGUCCUUGAUCAAUUGGCCAGAGGACGACGUAGAGACCACCGAUGCCUCUUCAUUGCAGUCCCCCGCUGCCGAUGCCCUCACCGCCAGCUUUUCGGACAUGUCGCAAUUGGGCUUGGGGCUGGCUGCUGACUUGGGCUUCGAUCCAUCAACCACCGACUUCCCUCUCUUCGACAACAAUUAUCUAAGCCUAGACCCUACCGUAAACUAUGUCUUUGCUGCCUCUCCCCAAGACUUCCGUCCCGCCGUGGAUAGCUUGGCCUCUGGCGAUUCGCGGGUGUGCUCUUUGAAGCAGAAGCGACGCGAUGCCGCUAUUGAUCUCCACCUCCAGCGCAACAACAGCCCCUUCUUCUCCUCAUAUGCUACUUCAACGAGCUAUUCUCCCGAGUCGUUGCAGGAGAGCUUCACAGAGCAGUCGCUAAGCGCGUCGGCUUCUUUCUCACACGCCACACCCGGGUCUUCGUCCGGCCGAAGUGAGCCGCUGUCGGAUGGACCUCCUUCCGGUAGCCUCGAGAUGGUUCUCGACAUGAACAUGAAUGCAACUACCCUGCUGCCAAAGAAACAGCGAAAGCGUACCAAGGCCGAGAUUGACGACUAUACCAAUGUCCGAAGGAAUGGAGCUUGUAUCAAGCACAAAAAACAACACAAAAAGUGCAAUUGCCUGGACAAGGUGGCCUCUCCCGCCAUUACAAAACCCAGGACCAAGAACGCAAAGCCUGUUCGACGAGCUCCUGUCCAUGAGAUGAGCUUCCAGACAGUCAAACAGCCAUCACGGGUUUUACAGAGCUCGUCACCGCAAUCACACCUCCUGUCUUCACUAGAUGACCUAGGAUGGUUCAACUCGGGUGAAAGCCCAGCUUUGAUCUCAGACUCACAACAAACACAGUUGUCACCACCCGAAGAGUUGCUUCUUCAAGACACUCUAGCAUUACAAGAACGUCACUUUACUUGUCUUGGACCGCACUGCAAUUUCCGAGCACAAUCUGCUCAGGAAUUGAGCAAUCACUACAACGUGCACCCCAGAUUGCGUCACGUGACAGACUCCCCAGGUAUCCAAACAGGCCUCCAUGAGCAACAAUACAUUCAGCAGCCCAUAGGCCAACCAGUUAUUCAAGCCCAGCCGCUGCAACCGUCGGCUACCAACCUACCUUUGGACACUCGAUUAGCAGUAUCACUAUCGCCAUCUUCGACAAGUCCACUAAGCUCGUCGACAAGCUCACAAGGACUGCAGGUAUCAAGCCAGGUUAUGGCAAGCAGCUCUUCGCGUGGCGUCAAUGGCGCUUUCCCGCGACCGUCCAAGGUCCGGCAGGUUCCUAGUGAUAGACUCCUCGGAGACUACGGUCGCGGUGUAAUUCACCGACAGCUUGCGGAGUUACCAUCUGGUAUGAGUAGCUUCCAGCGGGUAGGGGUCGUUGAUGGCCUUCGGCAUGAUCAUGGCUCGGUCACUAGUAUCAUUCAGCCGCUAGAGAUAUCUGCAUCUGAGACUGAUAGAGUCCCGGACAAAGACCGUCGACCACAGUCUGUGAGUUUACGGGCGAACGUUCGUGCAUCAAGGGAAAGAUCUUUGUCUUGGCAAACACCAGUCCAUGCGGGUUUGAUGAGAUCGUACUUGGCAGCCUAUCAAGUCACGCCUGCCGAUUUCGGCGCGGCGUUGACUAUGAUGGCAGCGAUCCAAACGAUUCUUGCAACCUUCAGCACUGCCGUUCGCGUCAUGCAGAGUCUCUCCAGCUUCUCACAGCACUUACUUUCCUUUACGUCGUCCUUCGCCUUUGGGCGAGGGUCGAAUGAAGAAUCUAUCACGCAGAUGGUCUGA